UGGAAGCUCCGGUUAGGACCUUCUCGAACGCUCCGGGAGAGUACAAAAGCUGCACGAGCGCUAUUGGCCGGUGUGAUACAGUACAAGCGAGAAGUCGGAGAAAUAGGAGAGACUGCUAUUCGUCUCAUUCCUGUUCUUAGAAUUCAUUGAGGACCAAGAUGCCUGAACUACAUGACCAACCAAUGGAGGAGGAGGCAGAGACCUUUGCAUUCCAGGCUGAGAUUGCUCAGCUUAUGUCCCUGAUCAUCAACACUUUCUAUUCCAACAAAGAGAUCUUCCUUAGGGAGCUUAUCUCCAACUCCUCAGAUGCCCUGGACAAAAUCCGCUAUGAAAGCCUCACUGACCCCUCCAAACUUGACUCUGGCAAGGAACUCAAAAUUGAAAUCCAGCCUAAUAAAGAGGAGCGUACCUUGACUCUGACUGAUACUGGUAUUGGAAUGACCAAAGCUGACCUGAUCAACAACCUGGGCACGAUCGCCAAGUCGGGCACCAAGGCAUUUAUGGAGGCUCUGCAGGCUGGAGCCGACAUCUCCAUGAUUGGUCAGUUCGGUGUGGGUUUCUACUCUGCCUAUCUGGUGGCUGAGAAGGUGACAGUCAUCACAAAGCACAACGAUGAUGAACAGUAUGCCUGGGAAUCCUCUGCUGGAGGCUCAUUCACUGUCAAAAUUGAUAAUUCUGAACCACUGGGGCGUGGAACUAAGGUAAUCCUGCACUUGAAAGAAGACCAGACAGAAUACCUUGAGGAGAGGAGGGUCAAAGAGAUUGUAAAGAAGCACUCACAGUUCAUCGGCUACCCCAUCACACUCUAUGUGGAGAAAGAACGGGACAAAGAGGUGAGUGACGACGAGGCAGAGGAGGAGGAGAAAGAGAAGGAGAAGGAUAAAGAGAAAGACGAUGAGGAGAAGGAUGAGGACAAACCUGAGAUUGAGGAUGUUGGCUCAGACGAGGAGGACGACCACGACGACCACGACAAGUGUUCAGACAAAAAGAAGAAGAAGAAGAAGAUCAAGGAAAAGUACAUUGAUCAGGAGGAGCUGAACAAGACCAAACCUCUGUGGACCCGCAACCCAGAUGACAUCAAUAAUGAAGAGUAUGGAGAGUUCUACAAGAGUCUCACAAAUGACUGGGAGGACCACCUGGCUGUCAAGCAUUUCUCAGUUGAAGGUCAGCUAGAAUUCCGUGCCCUGCUCUUCGUGCCCCGUCGUGCUCCAUUUGACCUCUUUGAGAACAAAAAGAAGAAGAACAACAUUAAGUUAUAUGUUCGCAGGGUCUUCAUCAUGGACAACUGUGACGAGCUCAUCCCAGAGUAUCUCAAUUUCAUCAGAGGUGUAGUGGACUCUGAAGAUCUGCCUCUGAACAUCUCCAGAGAGAUGUUGCAGCAGAGCAAGAUCCUGAAAGUGAUCCGCAAGAACCUGGUCAAGAAGUGCCUGGAACUGUUCACAGAGCUGUCUGAGGACAAGGACAACUACAAGAAGUUCUACGAGCAGUUCUCCAAGAACACCAAGCUUGGCAUCCAUGAGGACUCCCAGAACAGAAAGAAGCUGUCAGAACUGCUAAGAUAUUAUACCUCAGCCUCCGGCGAUGAGAUGGUUUCCCUGAAGGACUAUGUCACACGCAUGAAAGACAACCAGAAGCACAUCUACUACAUCACUGGUGAAACUAAGGACCAAGUUGCAAACUCUGCCUUUGUGGAGCGCCUUCGCAAAGCUGGCCUAGAGGUCAUUUACAUGAUUGAGCCCAUUGAUGAAUACUGUGUGCAGCAGCUAAAGGAGUUUGAAGGAAAGAACUUGGUCUCAGUAACCAAAGAAGGCCUGGAGCUGCCUGAGGAUGAGGAAGAGAAGAAGAAGCAGGAGGAGAAAAAGGCUCAGUUUGAGAACCUCUGCAAGAUCAUGAAGGAUAUCUUAGAGAAGAAGGUGGAGAAGGUCACUGUCUCCAACCGCCUGGUCUCCUCACCCUGCUGCAUCGUCACCAGCACGUAUGGUUGGACAGCCAACAUGGAGAGGAUCAUGAAGGCCCAGGCACUGAGGGAUAACUCCACCAUGGGAUACAUGGCUGCUAAGAAACACCUAGAGAUUAAUCCUGACCAUCCCAUCAUGGAGACACUGAGGCAGAAAGCAGAGGCAGACAAGAAUGACAAGUCGGUGAAGGACCUGGUCAUCCUCCUGUUUGAGACUGCUCUGCUGUCUUCAGGGUUCACACUGGAAGAUCCACAAACACACGCCAACCGCAUCUACAGGAUGAUCAAACUGGGUCUCGGUAUUGAUGAAGAUGACAUGACAACAGAUGAUAGCCCCUCUGCUCCUGCUGAGGACAUGCCUCCACUGGAAGAGGAUGAUGACACAUCCAGAAUGGAAGAGGUGGAUUAAGCCUCCAGCUAGAGUUCAGAUGUAGUGCAUUGUACAGUUCAAAGUUAAAUGUUGAAAAAGAGCUUGGAAUGUCUCCCCUCAAGCUUCCUUCUAUAACAAAUUCUUUCUAUUUGCAUUAACCAUCUGCAAUUCAAAUGAUUCCUUCUUAGGACUUAAUUUUCUCAUUUUGUUUUUGUAUGAGUUGUACCACUGCAUUUGUUUUUGUAUUUAUUGACAUUCUAAAGUUGGUGUUCUUUAACUGUAAAUAUAUCAGAGUUGAUACUGUCAUUUUGAAUGGUUGGGCACAGAAAUAAAGGUUGAACAAGUUA